GCCGCCCCUCAUCGACGACGAUGGUCCGCCGCCCCUCAUCGACGACGAUGGUCCGCCGCCCCUCAUCGACGACGAUGAUCUGACCUCCACCACUCGUAUGGGGGAAGGCCCGAAGAUAGCUUCGGGCCCCAGCCGCGUUCCCGAGAGAACCAACUUCUCCGGCACGUUGUUUGCCACAACGUUCAACCCCCAGUACAGCCCGGAGACGAUGUUGCCCUUGGAACCCAAAGACCUCUUUCCCCCGACCAUCUCAAUGAUGGCCUCGCCACCUGCCUUUCGCUUCAUCAACCGCUACAACACCACGGAAGCUCUCAUUUACACCGACGGAUCCUGCCUCGACAACGGCGACGCCGAGGCCCGCGGCGGCUACGCCUUCUACUUCAAGCCGGUCCGCGGCAGCGACAAGAGCGGGCUUGUGGCUAUGAAGCUCGAGGACAAGGGGCUGGACGGCCUGACGUACCGCCACACCAGCAACCGCGCCGAGCUGCGCGCCGCUCUCGCCGCGCUCCGGUAUAAGUCCUGGUGGAGCGAGGGCUUGAAAAGUCUUGUCAUCGCCACCGACUCGAGCUACGUCGUGAACAGCGCUACCGACUGGGCGCGCUCGUGGAUUAGCAAGGGCUGGCGAACAAGCCGCGGCGAAGGCGUGAAGAAUCGGGACCUGUGGGAGGCUCUGUUGCUCGCCGUCGAGAUGCUUCACGAUCACGGCGUCAAUGUCCACUUUUGGCAUAUCCCGCGCAAGUUCAACAACGAGGCUGACAGGGCUGCCAAGGACGCGGCUUUGGUUCUUGAUGCUUGCGACGUAUUCGGUUUUGGUUUCAUGCAAAGUUAUGAUUGGGGCUCUACUCGAUAACUUGACGGUUAGCCCUUCCCCGCCCCCCAUCGUACCCAUUACGACGAGCUAUCUUGUUGUUGCUUUCGCCACUGAGAACAUCAAGCCAUGUAUGGAGUUUGGCAAUCCUGUGAUUUCAGGCACUCUUACCUUGUACUAUCAGAAAAGAAAAAAAAACAUCAAUCUUUCGCGUUUCCCCUACCGACACUCCGAGCGUUGUAUGUAUGGGAGGAUGUACGGACUAACGGUUAGUUAUUUGGCAAGGAGCCAGCCCCUUUGUGUGUAUGUGAGCAAGUGUCCGGCACCGCGUUGAGCAAUCAGGCCUAGACUGGAGCUUGGCAACCCCAUGUUGACAAGCACUGUUUUAUAGAUGUCACGGUUCACUGAUGCAUAUUGAGAC